AGCCACCGCACUCAAGAGGCAUCCUGAAUUGCCACAUCUCGUCACCAUGCUGCGGUUGAUGUGCGCUAUGACCAUGGUGCUGGCCGCCGAAGCCGCGCAUGGCUUGGAUAACAACUGGACGGUGAUGGUCACGGGGAUGAAGGACGGCAACGGCUGUAUGAAGGCGACGUCGGUGGAGGAUAUGGGCUCCAACCUCGUGACAUCCACCCCCACGUGCUUGUCGGCAACCCAGAUGUGCACGGACGACUACGAGUGCACCACGGCGCGAGCUUUGAAACCCACCAGCUUCACGGGCUGCACCUUUGAUGAGAGCACCGCGGCUGCUACCUCGGCUGUGGGGCUGUUGAUGGAUGGCUUAUGCUACAACAACUUCGUGGUGGAGCAGAAGAACUUCAACGGUGCCCCUGGCUUGGCGCCCGACAAGGUGCAUGUGCGCAGCGAGGCACACCUCCACACUCGAGCGUGCCUGGUAGUCAGCUACUGCGCCAAGACGGGGUUCUAUCUGGUGACGCGCCCUUCCAGCUCGGCAGACUAUGCCUUCGAAGCACAGAUGGACAGCGCCAGUGCAGAGAAGGUCUUUGAUUUCCUGAUCGAAGCCAGGCAUCCUUGCGGCACCACCACAACCACGACAGGACAAACCGUGAGCUCAGGAGCGAAUGCUCCAGCUUUGGCAUCCCUGGCGAGUGCAAUGAGUUUUGUGGCUUUACAUUGACGUUAGUCCGCUUUGCAGCCCAAAGGGCUGACAUCGGACUGGCGCAUGUAAUGCGGCACGUCGAGCGAGCCGAAUCGGGCUCUUCAAAGAACUGUAAAGUAAUUGAAUGUUGGCAACACCUUUGGGUGCAAAGUUUGCGAAGCUGUGCCUUGACGGACGUUGGCAGGAUGUGCCACGCUUAUCAGAGGCA